AUGGAGGCCUUAUUCGUCUCCGCUCCUGGCCGUAAUUACACGCGCGGUCAUUCCGAUGUAGCCAUGCGGUUGCUGAAUUGCGUCCCGCGGCUGGAUGUCAAUGUCCGGAUCUACCUAGGGGAUUCUGCUCUCUCCCUGGCCGCUCUCCAAGGACAUGUGGACGUGGUUGCGCGUCUGUUAGAAAUCUGGCAGACUGACCGGAAUGGCGCCGACAGCGGCUGCUGGAGGACAACCGGAUUCUAA